AUGUCUGUUCAGGGCUCCCAGAGGAACGACCAGAAUGAAACAACUCCCUUGAUCAGACAAAAUAUUCCUGCUCACCAUUCCCCUUGCUCAUGUAAUGGGGAGUUAUCAGGUUCUGGCAGUGGCUGUGAACAAAAAAGCGACACCAAAGCGAGCAUCUGUGACGACGACAAUGCACACGCCACUCAUUUCAUCGACAUUACACCCUCAAAGUUCUGGGUGGUUUUUGGAAGCAUCCUCCUUUCCAUCGUCUUGUCUUUCUUCGAUGGCUCUCUGUUAGAAUCUAUCCAUCCCGUAAUCUCGUCGCAUUUCCAAGUUGCCAACUCAGCUUCAUGGCUAUCGACGGGAUUCCUCUUGACAUGUACCGUGUUUCAACCGAUCAUCGGCCAGAUAUCCGAUAUUUUUGGCAGACGCGUGCCUUACCUCGUUUCCAUUGCGAUAUUCUUCAUAUCCACGAUAUGGUGCGGGACAGCAUGGAGCUUCGGCAGCUUCCUUUCCGCGCGGUUACUUUGCGGCGUGGGUGCGAGUGGAAUCAUCGCCUUGGGGUCCAUCAUCUGUUCGGAUUUGAUCUAUAUUGAACACAGGGGGAUGUAUCAGUCGUACCUGAGUCUUGCAUAUGGCCUUGGGAACUGUCUUGGACUGGCCUUUGGGGGGGUCAUAGUCGAUUCCCUCGGUUGGAGAGCUGCCUUUGGAGUACAACUACCAAUGCUUUGUGCACUAUUCGCUGCUGCAUAUUUUACCCUUCCUUCGAAUCUGGGUCCCCAGUUGGCGCGCCAGCGCAACAUUAACAUCCGACAAGCACUUGGAACGAUUGAUAUCACGGGCUCCUUUUUCCUGGUCCUUGGCGUCACCGCACUCAUGCUAGGGCUGAAUUUAGGCGGGAAUGUUUUCCCCUGGAGUCAUCCGAUUGUCGUCUCCUCAUUGAUCGUAUUUUGUCUAGUUUCAGUUCCCUUCGUUAAAGCUGAACAGUCGUCGUCCAACCCUGCGAUCCCGUUGCCGCUUCUAACAACGGCGCCUCAUGCGAAUCUAAUACUCGGGAAUUUCUUUGCUGGUAUCUCUAUUAACACAAUAUUGUUCAACGCACCUCUUUUCUUUCAGGCUGUAAAGUUAGAAUCUGCAACUAGCUCGGGGUUCCGUCUUCUCCCCGCAUCAGUUGGGCUCAUGAUCUCUAGCCUCUUGACCGGUAUUUUUAUGGCGAAAACGAGACAGCUAAAGUCAAUCCUCCUUCUAGGAAUAUUUUGGUUAAUUGGCAGCUCUGCCUGCUCGGGAAUUCUCGGCGUUAACGCUCCAGGUUGGGUUUCCGUGGUCAUUAUUGCAAUGGCAGCCUUUAGUCAGGGCGCAUUAUACCCACCAACGAUGAUGGGAGUUUUGUCGACCAGCGCCCAGGAUGAUCAGGCAGUCAUCACCACCACCCUCUCCCUUCUUCGUUCUCUAGGGUGGGUGAUGGGAGUUGCAAUUAGCAGCUUGGUCUUCCAAAAUGCGCUGGGCGCACUUCUAUACCAAACUGUUACCGGCCCUAAUAAGGCGGAUAUAAUACUCCGCGUCCGAAAGUCCAUUAAAGAGAUAGCUCAAUUGGACCCAAUCCAUCAAUCGCAGGUUGUCAAUGCAUAUGAAACGGCACUUCGUUUAACUUUCUUGUCAAGCGUCAUCUGGGGGAUCAUUGUGCUUCUUCUCGCUAUUCCUGUCAAAUUACCCCGCCUUGGACACAAAAAGUAA